UUUUUUUUUUUAAAAAAAAAAAAAUCGAAAUGAUUUUUCGACCGAUUCUUUCUAAUUUUAAGCCACAAUUUUACAGCAAUAUCCAUAUAUUUAAUCGAAAUUCAUAUAUUUUAAAUAGAGUAAACCGAUCUUUAUAUAUAAAUUAUGAUAAUUUAAUAAAAUCAUUACAGAAAAGAGAUCAAUCAUCAUCGUCGAAUUCGAACAAAAAUAUAGAUUUAUCUAAAUUUCCUGCUGAAAACAUUAGGAAUUUUAGCAUUAUUGCUCAUGUAGAUCAUGGGAAAAGUACAUUGGCAGAUAGGCUUUUAGAACUUACAGGAACAAUUUCUUCUAAUCAUUUACACCAACAGGUGCUAGAUAAACUUACUGUUGAAAGAGAAAGAGGGAUUACAGUAAAAGCUCAAACAUGUUCAAUGUUUUAUAAAUAUAAUAACAAAAGUUAUUUACUUAAUUUAAUCGAUACGCCAGGACACGUUGAUUUUAAUUAUGAGGUGUCAAGAUCACUAGCGGCAUGUCAAGGAACAAUAUUAUUAGUAGAUUCAUCACAAGGGAUUCAAGCACAAACUGUCGCUAACUUCUUUCUGGCUUUUAAUGAAGGAUUGACUGUCAUACCUGUUAUAAACAAAAUUGACCUUCCUACUGCUGAACCUGAUCGUGUCGUAAAUCAAAUCGAAAGUACAUUUGAAUUGGAUGUUUCGAAUAUUGCAUUGAUUUCAGCUAAAUCUGGAGUCGGCGUUGAUAAAAUUUUACCAAUCGUAAUCGAAAAGAUACCUCCACCCAGUGGAAACAUUAAUAAGCCUUUAAAAGCUUUUCUUUUUGAUUCAUGGUAUGAUACAUAUGUUGGUGUUGUUUGUGUAAUGGCAAUUGUCGAUGGAAAAUUACAAAAAGGUGAUAAGAUAAUGUCGGCAUAUUCAGAAAAAAAAUAUGAAGUUAUUGAUAUUGGCAUUAUGCAUCCUGAACAAGUUACGACCGGAUAUUUACAUGCUGGGCAAGUGGGAUACGUUAUUUGUAGCAUGAAGGUCGCAGCUGAAGCUCAUAUUGGUGAUACAUUUUAUCAUAUCAAAAAUCCAGUGGAACCCCUGCCAGGAUUUGAACCUGCAAAAUCCAUGGUAUUUGCCGGUGUAUUUCCUACAGAUACAAAUGAAUUUAGCCGAUUGGAUGAAUCAAUCACCAAAUUGACAUUGAAUGAUGCUAGUGUUUCUGUUCAAAAAGAGACAAGCAUGGCUUUGGGGCAAGGCUGGCGUAUUGGAUUUUUAGGAACACUGCACAUGGAUGUAUUCAGACAAAGAUUAGAAGAAGAACAUGACGCUAAUAUAAUUAUCACUCGGCCGACAGUUCCUUAUAAGAUAAUUUAUCGUGAUGGAUCAUCAAAGUUAAUUCGUAAUCCGGCUGAAUUUCCGGAUUCAAUGGAAAUGCAAAAUAAGGUGGUUGAAUUACAGGAGCCAAUUGUUAUGGCUACCAUUAUAUUACCAGAGGAUUACAUGGGUUCUGUUAUGGAUCUUUGUGGAUCUCGUAGAGGAGAACAGUUGGAGUACAAUUAUAUGGACGAAUCGCGUGUCAUUAUGAAAUAUUGUAUACCACUAGCAGAGAUAGUAACAGAUUUUCAUGAUGAAUUAAAAUCAAAAUCUAGCGGUUAUGCAAGUUUAGAUUAUGAGGAUAUAGGAUAUCAAACAACCGAUAUUGUUAAAUUGAAUGUGCUGAUUAAUAAAAAACCUGUAGAUGCCCUGGCAGCAAUUUUACAUCGAUCUCAAGUUACACAUGUUGGAAGAGAAUGGGCAAAAAAAUUAAGUGAAGUUAUACCAAAACAAUUGUACGAAGUCGUAAUACAAACAGCCGUUGGAGGAAAAGUUAUUGCUAGGGAGACAAUUUCUGCUAUGCGAAAGAACGUUACCGCAAAAUGCUAUGGCGGAGAUGUAACUCGUAAAAUGAAAUUACUUGAAAAACAAAAAGAAGGGAAAAAGAAGAUGAAGAUGAUCGGAAAUAUUGAAUUACCUCAAAAAGCAUUUUAUGAUUUCUUAUCAAAAGGUUCUGGUACAUCAAAAAAGAAAUAAAAAAGAUUUUCACAAAACAAAAUAGAUCAAGUUUUAAACCCGUAUAAUAAACAUUUUUUUUGAUAUCAUUAAAAACUUUG